CCACUGCCCUAUCCUCCCUUGAACCUCCCCGCACACUACAGGGGGAUAUCAACCCUUUGUAAUGCACCUCGUCGCGGUCUCAACGACCAUAAUAGCAUCUUUAAUAAGUAAUGAUGUACAUGCUAAAGAUCAGUUUUUUCGAUAACCUGAUUGUGAGUUGUAAAUGCGGCGUUACUAAGAUAAGAUUCUCGGCUUUUAGUAAGUCCGUUCCCCAAAGAAGGGAGUCUAAUUAUACCCCCGACAGUAGGCCCGACCAGCGAAGGUCGCCCGGACCUUUGUCCGCUGUCAGGGGCAACCUGUAAUAACACUACAACAGCCAGGCACGUCCCGUGUGGGUACAGUACAUAACGUACGGACUAACACCGCGCCUGCUAUUCUCCGAGUCGGAUGGAGAUGAAAGGAGAUCUACAUAAUACAUCAUCUUCCUCUUCCUGGAGAUAGUGACGGCAUACUGCAGUCUGGCUUCGCGGCUUCCUCUGACGUUUUGCCUCGAGCUAAACUACGCAUUACCGCCAAUUUGCGGAGACCCUCUCCUGUGAAUACCUGUGAGUAGGCGAGGAUUCUCAUUCAAGUUCGGCCUUUGAAGGAUCGGAAAAAAACUUUUCUUGACGACGACCGCGGGUUAUAAGACGACCUGCGCGAGAGACUCGGAGACUAGAACAUCAUUCUGUUCUUUGGCGUGCCGCGGGUAUUUGCUAAAGAGUAAAAACGCUAGAAACAUGCGAGGAAAGUGUUUACUGUUAGCGGCGGUGUUGUUGAGUGUUUGCGGGGACGUGUUGAACAUGUACGCGGCAGCGGCACCGCGAAGGUCAAGGGAAGACGCACGGAGGAUGGAGGAGUGGACUGCUGCACUCGUGGGGCGGAAACCCGUGCGGUAUAACCGGGCUCAGGCUGAGGAAGAUCGUAGAGAGACGGGAGAACUUCAGAUCGGCAGAGCAAGAAGAGGCGUGAGAGAGUCCGAGACGGGAAGAGUCCGUAUCCCCCGGCAGGUGCAGGUGUCCACCGACCUGUCCAUGAUCCUCCUACGGGAGAUGCUGAAGGAAGCCCGGCAGAAACUGGAGGAAGAGUACCGGUCCAGAUCCCGCAACCACAACCAGAACCUUUUCAACAACAUCGGAUAAAAAAACUGCUAACACAGGGGAAACAUCGACUGACUGUUCAGGACUCUUCUGAGCUAUCAUGAAUUUGUUGAAGUUUGUAUUCUUUAAACAUUUGGGGGUUAAAAUUUGUUGUUGCCUCGCCCGCAACCAGAGCGUUUUCAAAAAGAUCGAAUGAAAGAACAUUGCCACGGGCAACACAGGAAAUAAAUGUUUCAUGAGUCUUCUUAGCUAUGAUGAAUUUUGGAAGUCUGAAAUGUUGACAGAUUUAGGGUCAAAAUUAGUUGCAAUCUUGCCUUUAACCAGAGCCAUUUAAAAGAGAUCGGACUACCACAGGCAAAGCAGCGAAUAUGUGUUUCAGAACCCUUCUUAUUUAUCGAAAUUUGUCAACUUCUUCAUCGUUAAAGCAUUUUGGACCAGAAUUAGUUGAAGUUAUCGCCCCAAACCAAACUCACUUUAGCGUAAAAACACCAGAGAAUGUCAAGGACUGUACAUUAGCUGUAUUGACGAUGCGAGUACCUGGACACGGGACCUAAGUGCUUUAUUCUAUAUUUGGAAACAUAUGAGGUUAACAUUUGCCAUGCCC